AUGAGCGGGUGGAAGGCUAAAAAGCUGAUCGCUGACCUUGAUGAACUCUUUCGCAACGUCGAGGCCGCAUUUGCAAGUGGCAUCCACAUCCAGCAGGUUGCACUGAUAUUCGGCGCAACCGUCGUAGCCCCGAAGGAGCUCUAUGUUGUCGACUUUCCGCGGCAGGCGGGCGUCUGUGGCCUAGAACUUUCCCGGGCGUACUGCAUCCGUAAGGUCUUUCAGCGACUCGUUGAGGAGCCAAGGUUGUACGACGUGAAGCGCCUAGCGCUGACAAACAUUGCGCUACUCAUACGCACGACGCGCAACUGCGGCCUGCAGUGGUUUCACCCACACCACGGUUACAGCAUGCCCGCGCGCGCAUUUAAAGUCACCUUAGAGCUCCUCAACAAGGAGCUUCUGGGGAAUGGUUCUGACGAUGAGGGUUUGUCUGUCGAUGAUACUAAAAGAGAGUUUUCAUCGUCAUUCGAUCGUGCUACUCGCUAUAGGGAAUCUCCGCCAAUGACAGGUGGUAAUGGGCCGGAGGAAUUUUUUCCAUUAGAUGUUUUCGGAUUGGAAAAUGGGUCGCUCGGUGAUAAGCAAAACAAGGAGAAUGUUUGUGGUAGCCUUCAUCGUUCAGGACAAGCUGAUAGUACUUGUGAUCUUGUUUGGUUUCAAGCACCUCUUAGCAUUAAAGGAUUUAAGUACAAGACGUGCAGAGAGUCAAAGCCAGAAGAUAUAUGGGUUUAA